AUGACUAGCUGUGACAGAGCCCUGAACCGGCGGCGUCGCCUUCUUCCGGCCUUGGGCCGUCGGAGACGAAUGACACAGCUUUCUGUUGUUCAGGAUGAUCUGGAAGUCCUGGCCUCAAAAGUUAUUAAAACCAUGAUCUUAACUGGAAAUUCAUGGAGACUACAUGAAAUGAUUGACAAAUUCUUCAUGAACAUAUCAAAUUUCAACAGGAAGUCUCUGACUGAAGUACAGAAUAUUCAGAUUGAAGAAAUUGCAGUGAACCUGUGGAACUGGGCAACAGCUAGGAGACUAGAACUGUCUGUGAGGAAAAGUCAGGCAGCUAAACUGUGUUACAUUGCUUGCAAGCUGGUAUGUAUGCACGGAGUCUCAAUUUCUUCAGAAGAAGCUAUUCAAAGACAGAUUUUGAUGAAUAUGAAAACAGGAAAACAAUGGUUGGAUACUGGAAAUGCUCAGAUUGCUGAUGAAUUUUUUCAAGCUGCCAUGGCUAAUCUGGAGAAAUUAUAUAUCAGAUUAAUGCAGAGCUGCCACACUGAGACUAACUUGUUCCUGUAUAAGAACACCGUGGAGAAGGGCAUCUUCCAUGUGCUUUCUUACCAAGCUGAGUCAGCUGUUGCUCAAGGGGAUUUCAAGAAAGCAUCUAUUUGCGUCUUACGUUGUAAAGAUAUGCUGAUAAGGAUUCCUGAAAUGACAAAAUAUCUUCAUGUACUCUGUUACAACCUUGGAGUAGAAUCGAGCAAUCAGAAUAAAUACAGAGAGAGUUCAUUCUGGCUUAGCCAAAGCUAUGAUAUUGGGAAGAUGGGUCAAGAUUCUGUUGAGCCAGAAAUGCUGGCGAAAGCUCUGCGGCUACUUGCCACUAUUUAUUUGAACUGUGAUGACGAAGCAUAUUAUAACAAGGCCCUCAUUGCUGUAAUUGUCGCCAACAAGGAGCAUUUAGAUCCAGCUGGGCUUUUCUUAAAGAUGCGGAUCCUCAUAAAAGGGAAAGCAUUCAAUGAAGAACUCCUUGAAGCUGCUAAGGAAGUGCUGUAUCUUGCUAUGCCUUUGGAGUUCUGUCUGAGCAUUAUUCAAUUCCUGAUAGAUAAUAAAAGAGAUUCUGUUGGGUUUUGCUUUCUGAAGAUCAUCGCUGAUCAUUUUAAGUUGCUAGAACAUAGAAAGAGAAUUCUGUUGUUCUACAUUGACAUGCUUUUACAAGUGGACCAAGAUGUGAUUGCUGAAGAGAAGAUUAAAGAAAUACUUAUAGCUCACCAAACAAGAAGUCGACUGACAAGAGCUUUAGUAAAUUGGUUACACAACAUUCUGUGGGGAAAAGCCACCAGAUGUGUUAAGGUCCAAAAUUAUGCUGAUGCCCUACGCUGGUACAGUUAUUCUCUGAAGUUGUAUGAAUGUGAUCAAGCGGAUAUGGAUUUGGUCAAGCUGAAGAGGAACAUGGUUUCUUGCUACUUAGCUCUGAAACAACUUGAUAAGGCUAAAGAGGCCCUAGCAGAAGCUGAGCAACAGGAUCCUACAAACAUUUUCACUCAGUAUUAUAUAUUCAAGAUUGCAAUCUUGGAUGGUGAAGCCUACAGAGCUUUACAGAUAGUCAGUGCUUUAAAAAUUUCAAUGGAGGAAAACUCAGAAGAUUGUGGACUAAUUGAAAAUGGAGUUUCAACUCUCAAAAUCCUAAGUUUAUGUGUAGAGUUUGCUCUAGAGAAUGGUAAAGAAUUUAUUUCUUGA